AUGACAUGGCAUCCUCCAAUCUCGCGAGUCAUCGAUGCGCAAUUUCGGAUCGACGUGCACUCGCACCCGGUACCGCAGAUAUGGCUCGACGCCUUGGUCGAAGAAGGCUAUCCCACGGCGAACGGCAGCUUGAUCGUCGAAGGCUUCCCUGUGCCAGACUGGACUCUGGCAGGCCACAUCCAGAACAUGGGCAGCUACGGCGUGAACUACUCGACGCUGAGCAUGACCACGCCAGGCGUGUACUUUCUGGCCUCGAAACCCCAUAAGGCGAAAAAGCUGGCCCGCGAGCUCAACAAUCUCCUCCACAACUACACGCAAACCCACCCGAGCCGCCUGGGCGCGCUAUGCCUGCUGCCUCUGCCGAACGUUGCAGACGCACUGGAGGAGGUCAAGUACUGCCUCGAAACACUCCACUUGGACGGCAUCGGCCUCUACACCAACUACAACGGCCUGUACCUAGGCGACGCGCAGCUAGACCCGGUAUUCGCGGCGCUGAACCACCGCCGCGCCACCGUCUUCGUCCACCCCGCGACUCCGGUCUGCGCAGACGCAACCCUCGGCUACGGCGGCCCGCUGACGGAGUACCCGUUCGACAGCGUGCGCGCCAUGGAGAACAUGCUCCUGACCGGCCAGCGCGCCCGCUACCCCAACGUCACGAUGAUCUACCCGCACGGCGGCGGCGCAAUCCCCUACCUCGCCGGUCGCAUCGCCGGGGUCGCUGCCCUACCGACGCUGGGAUCGCUCAGCCCGGCUGCCGUGCUCGCGCAGCUGAAGGGGUAUUACUUCGACACGGCGUCCGCGUACUCAGCCAUCCAGCUGCAGGCGUUGAAGGCGUUUAGCGGGGUCGGAAAGAUUGUCACGGGGACUGAUUUUCCGUAUGUGCCUGUCAGUCAGGCAAAGCCGGGGCUGGCGGCCAUUCAGGCCAAUGGUAAUUUUACCGACGCGGAGAUGGCCUUGAUUAAUUACCAGAAUGCGUUGGCGAUUUUCCCUCGGAUUGCAGCGAAGCUUGGGCUGACGAUGUCGGGAUGAUGUUGGAAGAAAAGGCGGGAGGGUAUGGCUCAAGGCUUGGUGAUGGUUAGGGAAAUGAUGAUAAAUCGGCAGAUAUCUCCAGUGUUUGCAAUGAGCCAAUAAUGAAAUCCAGCAAAUAUUAAAGAUCGAAACGUUGAACCAGAAAAGAUGUUGAGUUCUGAGAACCUUCUGAUGGCCGAGGCGCGGCACGUCAGAAAGUUGAUUAGUGAACAAUUUUUAGAGGGCAUCAGGCCAGAUGACUCAGCAGCCCUGGCCCAACAAUUCCCCCAGGUCAACA